UCGGUAAUGGCGCUGAGCCGGAGUUGAACUUCGAUUGUACAACCGGGCCAUAGUGUCAUACAGCCUUUAGGUUAGAUUUUGCCCACACCCGACCAUGUUUGAAGUUUCAUUGGAAUGCCUAAUUAAGGUUUCGUGUGUCUAUGGCAUAUCUGUCAGCAUGUCAGGUGUCAGUGUCAUGUCAUGACGUCAUGUCCAUGGUCCAUGUCAGUAUUCAAAAAAUAUGAGUAGGAGAUCAGAAGAAGGAAUAUUUUAUCAAAACAAAAAUUAAAUACCUAGUAAUUAUUAACACAGUAAAAUACCAAAAAUGGCAUUUAAUGCGGAUACUGAUUUGGAGACAAAAGUUAGAAAAUCAACAGAAAGAAUAUCCGAAAAUAUGCAUAUAGUAGCUAAUGAACCAUCCCUAGCAUUUUAUAGAUUGCAGGAACAUGUUAGAAAAGCUUUAAAUCCCAUGGUUGAACGUCGAGUUGAUGUUGAAAAGUUACAUACUGAACUACAAGGAAGGUGUUAUGAUAUAGAGUAUGCUGUGGGAGCCAUAAAAGCCAUGGGGAAUUCUGAAGAUAGCUUCAAAAAUAUCCAAGAUAACUUAAAAAAUGGAAUAUUUUUAAAACAACAAUUAAAAUAUGAAGAAUCUAGAAGGAAAAAAUCGGACACAAGUUCAGUAUACAAGCGUCUAUCAGCUCACAUAACAUUAGACUUACCUGAACUACCAGAGUUAUCUGAUGUUGUGAGAGAAACAGCAAACCGUGUAGAACACAUGAUGUCCAAGGCAACUCAAAGUUAAUCACAUAUGCUAUCAGCUUUCAAAUAUAGCACUGAGGAUAUCUAUGUAAUACCUUUUACAGUCUCAAUUUUUAUGAGCAUAGAACUUUAGUCUUCAUAUGUACUGUCAAAAGAACUCCAUAUGUGAUGACAAAUAUUUUAAAACAGAUGAUUGGAUAACUUCUGUUAAAAUAUUUUGCUUUUCAGAUGUUGAUUCGAAUGAACUGGUAAGGCAGUUAAUCCGGCAUUGGUCGCUAGAUUGGCUUUUACGUGAGUGGUUGCGCGUAAGAUUUUGUCUUACAUAUCCAACUUUUGACUUUUUUUAUGAAAUAAAAUUUUCCAAAUAUGGUGGUCACUAAAUGAGAGAAUAUCUCACGUGAAGCGCACUGAAACCGUGAGAGAAAAUCUCAUAGUGACUGAUGCUGAGUUAAAAACUAAGUUUUGUCAGUGUCUUAUUGUAAAAACAAAAAUGUUUCAUUUAUUUGGCAUUAUUAAGAGAAACUGACUCUCCUAGAAUUUUUAACUUAAACUUAACAACCUUAAAAAGGAACCAAUAUUUAUUUUAAUAAAUGCAGUAAUUAAUUAAAAAAGAUGUGAGGAUCAAAUACUCAUUAGCCUGAUGAGUCACACUUUAAAAAUAUUCUUAAAAAUACUACAUCAAAGAUUAUACAAAAAAUGUGAAUGGGACAUCAGUGAUUCUCAGUUUGGGUUUAGGCAAGGUUUGGGAACAAGAGAAGCAAUAGUAGCAACACAGGUGUUGGUCCAAAAUUGUUACGAUCAGAGGAAGGACGUAUUCCUGUGCUUUCUAGACUACGAGAAAGCGUUUGAUCGUGUCCAACAUCACAAGUUAAUGCAGAUCCUCAAGAAGCUUGAUAUAGACCAAAAAGACAUAAGAUGCAUUGAAAACUUGUACUGGUAUCAGGCAGCACAAUUAAAAAUAGACAAUUCUAUAUCCAAAUCCAUACAUAUAAGAAGGGGUGUUCGGCAGGGAUGUGUGCUUUCCCCUCUUUUAUUUAACAUUUAUUCGGAAGCCAUAUUUCAAGAGUCUUUGGAAGAUGCAGAGAUGGGAAUCAAAGUGAAUGGAGUAUUAAUCAACAACAUACGAUAUGCUGAUGAUGCUGUCUUAAUUUGCGACAACAUAGCAGAUCUUCAACAACUUGUCCUAUAAUCGGAGAAUACAGUAAGCGAAUGGGAUUAGAGAUUAAUACCAAAAAGACCAAAUUCAUGAUCAUCUCCAGAAACUUGGAUGCAUUUGAAAACUCCACCAUAACACUGAAUACUAAGUCCAUUGAGAGAGUGAGCAAAUUCAAAUACCUAGGAACGUGGCUUUUUGAAGACUGGGCAUCGGACAGGGAAGUAAAAUGUCGCAUUGAGCAAGCUCGACAAGCUUUCGUAAAAUUCAGGAAGGUACUGAGCUGCUCAGAGUUCGACUUACUAAAUGCUACGUGUGGUCGGUGCUGCUAUAUGGCAUAGAGGGCUGGACACUCAAAACGAGGGAUAUAAACAGAUUAGAAGCCUUCGAAAUGUGGCUUUAUCGCCGUAUCCUAAAGAUACCAUGGACGGCGAAAGUCACAAAUGUGGAUGACCUUAAAAGAAUCAACCAAGAACGUCAGCUUUUCGAAAACAUCAAGAAAAGAAAAACGGCGUAUUUGGGUCACAUCAUGCGAAACGAAAAAUACCAGUUCCUUCAACUUAUAAUCCAGGGUAAAAUUGAAGGCAAGAGAGGAAUAGGACGCAAGAAAAUGUCCUGGCUCCGAAACAUAAGGCAAUGGACAGGGAUUACCGACAUACAAUCACUGAUACACAUUGCAAGAAACAGAGAGUUAAUGGAAAAUGUGAUCGCCAACAUCCAUUAGUGGAUUUGCAUUUGAAGAAGAAGUAAUUAAUUUAAUUACCAUCCCUUCUGUUUCAUUGACAUAACUUCUUCUUUUUGUGUAGACAUAAUCGACAUUACUGUAAAACUAAAUUAAGUUCUAAGGAUAUUUGAAACCUGGACAACCGAGAUAAGGGCAAAUUGUGGCAAAAAUUCAAAAUCCAACCAGACAAAUUUGGUUAAGUACACACUGUAUACUGUACUUUUAAAUCCAAUGAAGUAUAUAUAUUUAGAGCCAUACACCUUGGAAAUUUCUGAAGAUAGCUUCAAAUAUAUCCAAAAUAAUUUAAAUAAUGGAAUAUUUUAAAACAACAAUUAAAACAUGAAGAAUCUAGAAGGAAAAAAUCUGACACAAGUUCAGUAGGUAUAAAAGCAUCAUAUAACAUUAGAAACAGCAAACUGUGUAAAACACAUUAUGUUCAAGGCAACUUAAAAUUAAUGACAUAAUGCUGUCAGCACAUUCAUAACCCCCCAAAAAUCCAAAUUUCAAACAGCAAUUCCGAAUAGCAACCUAGCGAAGACUAGACAACCUUCUCCACGAUCUUUCUAGAUGUCUCGAUCCUUCCCAUCCCCAAUAGCCAACCUCCCAGAAAGCUGAACCAACAAGAUGGAGGAAAAAUUCAAAGUUCUACAAGACAAAAAAUUCAUCAGUAACUUUUAACGUGUAAGUAAAAACUCCUGUGUGUAAUUGGUAUAAAAUUUAAUGAAGAAUUAUAAAUUCUAAAAAAUCCAAAUGGAUUACAUUGAUUCUUCAAAACGUUUUCGGAUUCAUUAGUCCACCUUCAGUGAACUCGGUGUCCUUGCUAUAUAACGAUAAAACCAAACAGUGGUUGGAUUAAAUGUUUAAUCUACAUUCUAAUCCUAUCCCCACUAUCCAAAAUGGGAUCGAAACCCUUAGCAACAGGUACCUUCUACACAUUUUCGCAUCAGCGAAGCAUCUUAACUUAGACAACGAACUCCUGAUCAGUACUUUGACACCCAAGAAACAGCACCCCUAAAAUAUCGCAAAAAAAGAGCUUGGCUGUAUAGGGACUGUAAAGGGUAGUGGUACAACUAGAUAGGGGUGGGAUAACUUGGGUUAUCUUAUGCUUCUUGAUCGCUGAAGCAGUAAUGGCAGUAACUACAGAUCAAUAAGCAUUUUGUCUUGUAUACACAAAACUCAGAGAGUUCAACAUGUGACACAAUUAAUCUAACUUAAUGUAAUGUAUUAAUUAAAGAACAAUAAAGUUUUCUUUCUUGUAAA